UCACAAAUCGAAACAGUUACAUUAAUACCGGAAUUCCGAUCCCGAUCAAUUUAUUCUUGCUCGAUGCAACAUUGCCAGCCGAAAGGAGAUGGACCACUUAGGUGCACUUAUUUAUGGAAAACUGGAGUCGUCCAAGCAGCCCUUGUCUGUUGAUUACCUUAGUGAGAACUUGAAAAAACCAAAAAGUGAAAUAAGAGAAUGUCUGCAGACUUUAAAGGACUGUGGCGUGAUCAAGUCAAAUGGCCAAGGUCUCUGGUCAUUACCCGGUGAGACUGAGCCUGAAGAUGAUCUUUCUCUGGAUGCUGAACGGUUUGGUGAUGAUUCUUUGUCAGUUCAUGCUGACAGGUCAAGACAAUAUAGGGGCACAUACCCAGAAGAAACCAGAGAGGCUCAAACACAACCCAAAGUUUUAAAUGAGACUAGCAACUCACCAAGUAAUUCAUACGACACAGUUCCAAAAGUGCCUGAUAGUUCAUUACUGAGUUCACAAUCCAGAUCUCCUAACCAGUCAAGAGAAUUAUCAUCCAGUGCUACAGAUCUCAAAGUGCCAGGCAGUCAGUCAUCAGAUAGUGGUUACAGUCUAGCUGCGUACAGACAGAGGGAGGACAGGACAGGAAUAACCCCCCAUGUGACACUGUCUGGAACAGAGGAAGAAGAUUUGUCAAGACAGCUGCAGGCAACCAGUUUGAAAGAACCUGUUCAGAGAUCAAUUUCAGGUGAUAAAGUUCUCUCCUUUGACAUAAGACGUUCUGUCAUUCCAAGACAAAACUCUGACCAUACAAAAACUGUUGUGGUAGGGGCUGGGACAAUUCAGACCAUGGAAAGAGUAGACUCCCUGCAGCUGUCCAGAAUUGACCCGGCUGUUGACAAACAGAAAAAUAUUCUACAAAGAAUAAUAAAAUUCUUUAGGGAACAGUCGAAUGAACAGAAACCUCUGGAUGUCGCUAAGAAAUGUAUCAACAGUUCUGCCUCCAAGAAAGAUAUAAACAAGUACCUGCACAGCCUUAAUAAAGCAGAGAUUCUCUCCGUCACUUACCAAAACAAGGAGAAGAAGUCUGACCCACGGUGGAGAGCUGGGCCUAAAUUACGAUCUGUAACAGAUCAAAAACUGUUGGAAAUGGCAGCAGAGUUUAGCACUCAAAAAACUUCUAGGUCACAAUCAAGAUCAGACCUAAUCCCUAGACUACCAGAAACCCACCAACAGCGCAAUCCCAAUUCCACUCCCUACAGUGUGACAGAGGAGCAUCACCACCACUAUCAUAAUCAUGAACACAACACCGUGGUCCAAGUUGGAGAUGGGAAUCUGGCACAUGUUAAUUUACCAGAUAUCGAAAAAGAAAGGGAGAGGAUUACAGAAGGAGAAGUUGAAAAAGAUUCAUAUCCGUGAAGGAAGAUAGUGGUUAAAGUUGCGCUGCCUUCAUCUUGUCUGUAAAGAAAAAGUUUCUUUCUUGCAGUGAAUAAAUACUAUGAAUAGAAACGUAGACAUGCAACAUUGAAUUGCACUGUCCAUAUACAAAUAGCAUGAAUUUUUGAUAUUUAGUAAUGAUUUGAAUCAUAAUUAUUGAUCCAUGCACCAUGUCAAAUCUAGCCAAUUUUUAACAGACCAGUAUAUAAUGUUCUUUCAUGCAGUAUUAGAAAGUGAAAGUCAAUCAAGUGAAAGUGAAGUAAAAGUUACUCAUCUUUCAAAUAUGACCUUAACAUUUAAAAGAAUGGAGGUCCCAUGCCAUGGUAAAAAUUGGCAUGAUUAAGACUCCUUGCUGCUACAGAUGUAAGCUCUAUAAGUCAAAAUUUGUGGCACUUCACCUAUAGGAAGCCAGGCCAUAACUAUGUACAAUGUGGCCAUAACUAUGUACAAUUUAUAUGCAAUUUGCAUGUGCUUCUGCAUGUUUUUAUCCAAAAAGUAAUAAUUAUAAAACAAAGGGGAAAAAAUCUUCAAUAUUUUUUGCAACUCUUCUAUUCUGGAAACUUAAAUUAGCUUCCAGAAAUACUGAAAAUUGACCAGGAAACGCCUCCUGAGCCCCUCACCGGGUCUUUCCUGUAGACCCAUCUGGAAAUUCAAAGUAACCUGUCAGGUCCCCUGCCUUUCUGUGCACACUAAUUACUCUCUAGCUACAUGAACUUUCCUGGCUGAUGAUGCCGCAGCACGAGUGAAAAAAUUCUCAAAUGAAACGUAACAUUCCAACAACAAAAAAACGGUCGUAGAUCUGUGAAAUAAUUUUAGACACAAACAGAUAAUUAUUGGGUUUUUUUUUUUAAAUCAUAGAAUGAAGAUAUUUUAUAUAUAUGCCUAUUGGUUUUGAGAGUAAAUUAUUUAAUAUAAUAUGUACAGUAAAUUAUUUUGGUAAUAGAUAGUAUUAUUGAUAAAGUCUUGCUGAUCUGUGAUCAAUUUCAUAUGCACCAUAUUGUGUAAUGCAUACUAAUGUGAUACCAGUGUAUGUUAAUUGUAAAGAUAAUGGAACAAAUUGGAGUGUAAAUUGAGAAAAUUCCUUAUUGCAGGACAGGAGAAAAUCAUCAAAUUAAACCCUAAAAACAGUUAUAUGCUACAAAGGACUGUGUAUGAUAACAACCUUUCUAUGCUUUCAUAUAAAUUAUUCAAGAAAAAUUAUUAAAAAGUAAAGCUUUAAAGAAAGAAUAGAUCUUUCUAUUUCAUAAAAGAGCUAGUGUCCAAUUCAAUUUCACAUAAUUUGUCUCUGAUAUUUACAGUACAUAAUGUCAAAAGUGAUGUGAUUUCUCAUUUUCUUUCUGCACCAUAUGCAAAGUAUGAGACCAUCACUGUAUUCAAGCCAGGGCCGGUUCUCCUGCCAAACACUGACAUUUUCUUUGUCACUUUGUUCUUCUUAGCGUCAACUUUCUCUUCCUUUCUCAAUUUUUCUCAAAUUUAGUUAAAAUAUUAUUUUAUGUAAACAUUGUUCUUUCAGGAAACAAAAUUUUACUAUCACUUACAUGUUUGUGUACUAAGAUAAAUACUAUUACGAAGGUUGUACGAACUUGCACUUGGUGUGUACUAGAAGAAAAACUGUGUGUAAAUAGCAAAGUUAUGUGAAAAUGUUGAAAAGAAUGACCAAACAUCAUAUCUAUUUUGUUAUAAUUCCAAAACAAUGUCAGUUUGUUCAAAUUAAGGAUAAUAACCGAGUGGCUAUGAGAUUCGAUCUUUCACAAAGUACAGAGUUGAUUUUUAGAGUUCUUACCAUAUACAGUCCUUUGCAUACAUUUCUUUGUUAAUUCUUAUGAUUAUUUAGUGAAAAUUUGUUUGUAAAAAAAAAUUGAUUUUGAAGAAAAGAUUUAAUCUUGAAAAUCCUGGCAAUGGGCAGUUCCUGUGGUUCAUUCCGCCAUGUUGUUUUAUGUCAAUACUGAGAUUUUAAUUGUGCAGUUGUUUUCCAGAUGAUUGUGAUGAAAGUUGUAUGGAUGUGAUACACGUACAUAAACAUAGAAAGCUGUGAUAAAAUGACUGCUUCCUUGUCAUUAAAAAAUGAUGCUUCUGAAAAUCAAUGAAAAAAUAUACAUGUACGAAGGAAUUUUAAUAACUUUCUGUCUUUGUUGAUGUGAUUUUUGGCUGUCUGACAGAGUUAUGCUAUUCAACUGCUUAAUUUUUAAAGCGUCCCGUGAUGUAAAUACACUCUUGUAAGCAUGAAUAUCAUUUUUUUCUCUUGUGUAUGAAUGUUAUGUGUUAUGUAACUUAAAAAGGUACAGGCACAUGGACAGAUGAGCUUUAUCAAUAUCAUGUAUAUAUGUAUUUCAUAUUGUCACAGACAUAUUUAGAUUUUCAUUAUGAAAUAUUUGGACUGAUUUUUUGCUUAGCAAUAUCAAUCAAUAAAUAUAUAGCUGACCAAGGGAUAGAUUGCAUAUAUUUCUUUUUAUUAACCUUUGCUUUGAUGUUGAGUUCAAGAUACAUUUUAGUUUGAACGAAUUUUUCAGAUGAGAACUUUUUACUGUCAUACAUGUAAUUACAAAUAGUAAUACUAUACCAAACAGAUUUUGUUAUUUACAUUAUAGCAUUAAAUCCCGGUAAUUGUAUCAAUAAUGUGUUCCUGCAGCACUACACAUGACAUUGCAAAAAAAUCACUGUGGCAUUAUAUUUAUAUAAAUUGUUUUUCAUAAUGAU